GUGACAUAUAUGCCAAUGGUCAGGUGCUUAUAUACCUCAGCCUUUCUCCGCAUCUGCACACCUUCUCUCACAGCCAGACUGGUCAUACAAACGAACGUUUAUCGACCUGGAGGAACAUCAUGAGGACUAUUGCUGUCGUGUUAGCGGUGUUUGCCGCGGCCGUGUAUGCCCAGACCCCAACUGCCCCAAGCCCUGUAACCAAUUCUCCACUUGGGGGUAAACAGGCAUCCAGCAACAACAACAACAACAGCAACAACAACAACAACAUGAACACCAACACCAUGAAUACUCCUGCGGAUACCAACAUGAUGAGCAACAAUCUAAACAACAGGAUGAACAGCGUCCAUAACAACAUGAUGAACAACGGUCUCAAUAACAUGGUGAACAACGGUCUCAAUAACAUGAUGAACAACGGUCUCAAUAACAUGGUGAACAACGGUCUCAAUAACAUGAUGAACAAAGCUCAUUCUAACGGCCCGUUUGCUCAUUUCCAAAACCAAAUGUUUAGGAACUUGAACAACAAUAACAACAACAACAACAACAUGCAGAAUACCGCGAUGGCCGCCUUCCCCCAAAACAACAAUGUUCACCAAAACCAGGGAAAAAGCCAACAUUCACAGUCAGCAUUUAACUUCUUGCCAUUCAUGUUCGGCAAUGAUAGAGUCAACCAGAUGGCGAUGCUCUCGUUGAUGUCGAAUCCCUCCUCCACCAGUAACAUGCUGCCUUUCCUGGCAUUGGGAGGGGGCAACGAAAACAUGAUCCGCCUCAUGAUGCUCGGCAACGCCAUGAAUCAACGCAAGGGAGGUCAUGGUCAGGGAUUCAACCCCUACGCCAUGCUCGCUUUUAACGGAAAUGACAUGAUGCAGAAGCUCUUCCCAAUGAUGAUGCUGCUGAACCAGAACGGUCAGCAGGGAGCUACCUCCACCACCGCAGCCUCACCUGGAGCGACUACUACUGCGGCCGAACCACAGGGAGCUAAUAAUGGAUUUCUGAAUCUUAUGAUGAUGAACAAUAUGAUGUAAAUGUUGUUGGUUUGUCACACGGUGGUAUUGAGAUCUUCAAUAACGCUUCUUUGCUUGAUUUACAUGAUGGGAAUAAAACAAGUACCUAUGUA